AGAGAGAGAGAGAGAGAGACUAAAUGGCGAUUAGAAAACGUCAAACGCACCGCGACGACUUUCUCCUUCUCUCUCUCUCUCUCCCUGCGAGUUGUUUAAUGGAGGGAAGAGAUUUAUGACAUUUAAUGUCUGAAACGACAAUGGAGGUAGAGAUCCAACCACAAUAGUUCCGAGAGCUCGAGGACGCAGUGCAAAGCGCCAUUUCCGUGGUUCCGUCCGACCGUCCAUGGCGUCUGUACGCGUGCUUUGAGAGAAUCAUCUUCCAUCCCGCUUCCUUCCAAACACGCCACUGUCGUCGGAGAUCGUGCUUUUGAUUCUCUGCCCUUUCUGUCUAUUUAACCAUGGAAUCCCAGAGGGAUCGGUCUCAUCUUCCCCAUGGCGGAUUCCGGCAAGGCCACCGGCGGUGAUCGUUGCGGCGGCGGAACUCAGAGUCAAGGUCCUCCUCCGAAGAUGGUGAGAAAGCGAACGGCGUCGGAGAUUAACGACUCCGACUACGACCACUCUUCCAGGCUUCACCGCCGGAAUUCUCACCUCCUCGAGUCCGACACCAACACCAACACCAACACCAACAUCAUGUCUUCGGUUCCUCCUCUUCCUCAGCCGCCGCUGCCGCCGCAAUUGUCGGUUUGCGGCUUUUCUCUGUGUCCAUUGUUCCCUUCAGCGAAUCCGAUACAGGCGAUGGAUCAAGACGCGUGGAUCGACGCAGUCAUCAGAGGGCUUAUCCACUCAUCCACCACUGUCUCCAUCCCUCAGCUCAUCCAAAAUGUCCGAGACAUCAUCUUCCCUUGUAACCCUAAUUUCCCUUCAGCGAAUCCGAUACAGGCGAUGGAUCAAGACGCGUGGAUCGACGCAGUCAUCAGAGGGCUUAUCCACUCAUCCACCACUGUCUCCAUCCCUCAGCUCAUCCAAAAUGUCCGAGACAUCAUCUUCCCUUGUAACCCUAAUCUCGGUGCCCUUCUCGAGUACAGGCUCCGCUCUCUCAUCCUCCUCGAUCCUCCCGACCCUCAGCCUUCCUCUUAUCCCCUCCCUCUCCAUCAAAUCUCCGCCGAUCCUUCCCCCUCUCGCCCUCCGCCUCCGCCGCAGGAGAAGCAAACAGCCGACGAACGGGAAAACUCUUCCUCCGAUGCGGCGGAGACCGUGAUCAGCACCGCUGGAGCAAGCACGACGGCGACAGCGGUUGUUGCGGCCAUGAGAGAGAGGAAGGAAGAGAUGAAGAGACAGAAGCAAGACGAGGAAGGGUUGCACCUCCUCACUUUGCUACUGCAGUGCGCGGAGGCCGUCUCCAUUGACAACCUCGAGGAAGCCAACAAGCUCUUGCUUGAGAUCUCACAGCUGUCCACCCCUUACGGCACCUCCGCUCAGAGAGUGGCCGCUUACUUCUCGGAAGCAAUGUCGGCUCGGCUGGUCAACUCAUGCCUCGGCAUCUACGCGGCUUUGCCCUCUCGGUGGAUCCCUCAGACUCACAGCCUGAAGAUGGUUUCGGCCUUCCAGGUCUUCAAUGGCAUCAGCCCACUCGUAAAGUUCUCUCAUUUCACGGCCAACCAGGCGAUUCAAGAGGCUUUCGAGAGAGAGGAGAGUGUCCACAUCAUUGACCUGGACAUCAUGCAAGGUCUCCAAUGGCCUGGUCUCUUCCACAUCCUAGCUUCUCGCCCUGGAGGCCCUCCUCACGUCCGCCUCACUGGUCUCGGUACCUCCAUGGAAGCUCUCCAAGCCACCGGGAAACGUCUCUCCGAUUUCGCCGAUAAGCUUGGCCUUCCCUUCGAGUUCUGCCCACUCGCCGAGAAAGCCGGCAACUUGGAUCCGGACAGGCUCAAUCUGAGCACCGGCAAGAGGGAAGCCAUAGCUGUCCAUUGGCUGCAGCAUUCACUUUACGACGUCACUGGCUCUGAUACCCACACGCUCUGGCUGCUCCAAAGGUUGGAGCCGAAAGUGGUGACAAUAGUGGAACAAGACCUGAGCCAUGCAGGAUCGUUCUUGGGAAGGUUUGUGGAGGCGAUACACUACUACUCAGCCCUGUUCGAUUCACUGGGGGCGAGCUACGGGGAGGAGAGCGAGGAGAGGAACGUGGUGGAACAGCAGCUGUUGUCGAGAGAGAUACGCAACGUACUGGCGGUGGGAGGGCCGUCAAGGAAUGGUGGCGGCGAGGUUAGGUUCGAGAGCUGGAGGGAGAAGCUGAAGCAGUGUGGGUUCUUCAAAGGGAUAUCGCUGUCGGGGAACGCAGCCACGCAGGCCACGCUUCUGCUGGGGAUGUUCCCAUCGGACGGUUACACUCUGGUUGACGACAAUGGCUCCCUCAAGCUCGGCUGGAAGGACCUCUCCUUGCUCACUGCCUCCGCCUGGGCUCCUUUCCCUCACCCGUCUUGACCUUUCUCUCUCUCUUUUGUACCUUUUCUUCUCGUUUUCUGUGUAAUGAUGCUUUUUAUCUGAUAAGUUACUCCCUAGUCUGGUCGGCAUUUGAGUAAUGAAGAAUCUGAGAGACACUACUUAUCAUCA